AUGUCACAAGUAGGGUGUUAUUCAAGUUUACCAUCGUCAUAUUCGGAUAAGUCCACAUAUCAAUACCAAUCAUCAUCUCAUUGUUCAGAUGAAUGUUCAGGUUAUUCAUAUUUCGCAUUACAAGGUGGUAACACUUGUAUCUGUGGUAAUGAUGCUCCUUCAGGCUCCAAGAGUUCAGAUUGUAAUACCCCAUGUUUUGGAUAUGGUGAAGAAAUGUGUGGUGGUUCAAAUGCUUAUAUGAUUUUUUCAACUGGUAAUGGUGGUGGUGGUAGUGGUAAUAGUGGUAGUUCAAGUAAUGGUCAAAGUUCCACAAGUACAAGUAACACAGGAACUAGUUCCACUACAGGUUCAAAUACCCAAACUAGUUCAUCUACAACUUCGUCAAAUACCCAAACUUCAAAAACUUCAACAACUUCAUCAAAAGAGACUCAAGUGACUCAAAGUGUCAGUGGUAGUACUGUUGUCGUGAUGUCUACUGUUGCUGUAUCUGCAACACCAACAAGUUCUGCAUCAGAAUCUCAAACUCAAUCCACAUCGUCAUCAUCAACAUCACCAUCAUCUUCUUCUUCUUCUGCCUCUGGAUCAAGCAAACCUUCCAAAAAGACCAAUUUAAUAGGUCCUGUUGUGGGAGGUGUAGUUGGAGGUGUUGGAUUAAUUGCAUUAGUUUCAGUGUUAUUCUUCUUUUUACGUCGUCGUUCAUCCAAAUCUCGUGAUGCAGAAUUGGCAGAUUCAGCCUAUUAUGAUGCUAUUAAAAGAGAUAAUUCCACUGUGGCUAGACCUUUGAGUAAUCCAUUUUUGAGUAAAGAAGAAUUUACUGAUCAAAGAUUGAAUCCAGUGAUGUUGGGGAGAAGAAGAAUCAGUGAGGGUUCCCUGGCUGAUGAAGCUGAUUAUUCAAGAAAGAUACUAAGGGUUGCUAAUCCUGAUGAUGAUUUAUAA